CGUCGGUGUACAAAACAAACGCACGCACUGAGUUGAAUGCUGGGAUAGCGAGCUGCGGAGGUCAAAGGAGAGACGAUCCAAAAUGUCGGUCGCCAGUUUUACGUCCUUGACUCGAUGCGGUGUUUUGGCAUUCCGCUCUCCCGCAGGACUCUUGGCGGUACGGUAUGCACAGACAGCAGCAGCUCCAGCAGUGCAGCCCAGGAUAAAGAAGUUCCAGGUGUACAGAUGGGAUCCAGACACUCCAGGGGACAAACCCCGAAUGCAGACCUAUGAGAUUGACCUCAACACCUGUGGCCCAAUGGUUCUCGAUGCGCUCAUCAAGAUCAAGAAUGAGAUUGACCCCACUCUGACAUUUCGUCGCUCCUGCAGAGAAGGUAUUUGUGGGUCCUGUGCGAUGAACAUCGAAGGAGGAAACACACUCGCCUGCCUCAACAAGAUCGACUCCAACGUCAGCAAGCCGACUAAGAUUUACCCUCUGCCACACAUGUACGUCGUCAAGGACCUGGUACCUGACAUGAGUAACUUCUACGCCCAGUACAAGUCCAUCGAACCCUACCUGAAGAAGAAGGAUGAGUCCAAGGAAGGGAAGGAGCAGUACCUGCAGUCUGUGGAGGACCGGCAGAAGCUGGACGGGCUGUAUGAGUGUAUUCUGUGCGCCUGUUGCAGCACCAGCUGCCCAAGUUACUGGUGGAACGGAGACAAAUACCUCGGGCCUGCUGUGCUCAUGCAGGCGUACCGCUGGAUGAUUGACUCACGAGACGAGUACACAGAAGAACGGUUGUCCAAGCUGCAGGAUCCUUUCUCGCUCUACCGCUGCCACACCAUCAUGAACUGCACCAAGACCUGUCCCAAGGGCCUGAACCCAGGAAAAGCGAUCGCUGAGAUCAAGAAGAUGAUGGCCACAUACAAGGAGAAGACGGCAGCUGCUGUCUGAAACCUCAUUUAUCCUCUGGAUCUUCUUAUCCCUCCAUGAUUAAAUUAUAUAAUGAUGAAAAAAUGCUUCUUCAGGUCUGUUGGGCCAGUGUACCAUGUAUCUCCACCACCACCACUACAUCCUGCAGUCAGCUGUAGCAGAAGUGUGUGUGUGUGGUUGGAGAACUUGGUGUGACAUAAACGCACAUGUACAGUAUGAAUGAAGGAGAGAGAGCGCGUCUGAGUCUUACAUGUACCAUAAAAUAGGUGUUUACCUCCAACUUUACUGUGUUUGUGUACUUGAUGCUGCAGAGUAAAAUCCAGGCGUUUCUUUGUGUCUUUCAGCUCGUUGCUUUUCAUGUUAACAGCUGGUUCACAGACAUGUUCCCUCAGAUCUUCCAGCAUACUGACAUCAGUCUUUGUUUUGAUGGAAAUAAAUAAGUUUAAAUUCUG